AUGACCAGCAGGAUGCAUCCAGCCUCAAAGCCAGAGGUGUUCGAUCCGAGUGCACCUGGUGUUGGAAAGCAGAUGAUGCUGGAUUGGCUACGAAUAAAUUUUCCAUUGAUUCCAGUCAAUGGUCAACUAAGUAAAUCCAAGAUAGCCGAGACGGUCCGGGAGCAGCAGCCUGAGUUCUUUCCGGAUCCUACAAGUUCAUCACCGCCCCAACGAUUUGAUCAAAGCGGCACAUCUAGCAUGAACAAUCCAGAGGAAGCGAAAAAAGACAGUUCCUCUAGUACGACUUCCAUGCCACAUCCUUCCGCCGUUUCUUCUUCUUCUAAAACUGUCAAGAAGGACUUGGGAGCCCAUCCACCACCAUCAUCAGUUGCUCGUUUGGCCAAGCGAUCAGUGUCAAAUGAGACAGACAAAAACUCCAACAAGAGAUCUGCAACUGCUAAUGGAACGAUUGGCGUCUUCUACAACAACAGGGUCCCGUUGCGUCUCAAGUGUAACUCCAAAAUCAAACAAGACGAUGUUGAAGUUUCAGAUGAUGUUCAUAAAGUCGAACUGUCUGGAUCCACACCCCAAUUUAUCAGCUCACAUUUGCUUGGGCCAGAAGGAGCACAGUCAUUCAUUAGUCCUGAUCUGAUCCCUCUUCAACACAUGAACAAGUCAUCUUUUCGUCGUAUUCCACCAAAAUCGCCUUGUUUGAAGACUCAAACUAACGAUCUGGUCGAUGUGGGCCCACAAAGUGCUGUUAUCCCAAGUGUUACCAAGGUGAAAUUCCAUCCCGACUUGAUUGAGUUUUCGGACCUCGAUCUCUUUGAGACUGAAAAUACGGAGACAGAGCCUGUCAUACCUUGCCUUACAAACAGCGGGAAGCAAAGGUCAGGUGUUGAUAUUUUCUUGAUGGAGCAACAUCGCAAUGACAAAAUCUUAGGUCUUGAAACAGCUCUAUCCGAAUUGAAAACCAAAAUUGAGAUGACCGCAAAGUCAGAUAUUGAUACAAAGAAAGCACAUCAACAAGGUACAAGUCGUCAUCAUCUUUUCGCCAUAAUAUCGAAGCUGACCCCACCUGCAGAUGAUCUACUCCAAGGACUCAAAGCCGAUGUCGCACACCUCAAAAAGAAGAGUAGGACAAUUGAUCAACUAAACGACAAAGCUGCCAGUAUGGAGCAAGAACUCAUACACCUGAAGGAAAAGUUAGAUGAAGCUCUCUCAGAACUUCAAAAACAGGAAGAGAUAAUUACAAAGAUGAUGAGCUUAUCAGAUUCUGAAGAUACAGCCUCUGAGUAA